GGUCGACUACAGGAUGCAGAGCGGUACCUGCAGAGGGCCAAAGAGGAGGCGAAGGCGGGCUUUGGACCGUCUGAUCCCCACGUUGCAUCCAGCUGCCAUAACCUGGCAGAGCUGUACCGAGUAAUGGGGGAGUGGGAGGCUUCAGAGCGUCUGUUCCAAGAGGCUGCAGAGCGGUUGAGAGCGGUGGAAAUGCCUUUGGCGCUUGCAGCCACCCUGCAUAACUUGGGAGGGCUGUACCUGCAACAGGCUCAGCUGGGGCAGGCUCAACUGGAGAAGGCUCGUGUGUGCUACGAGGAGGCUCUCAAGCUCAAGGCGAAGGAACUGGGCGAGUCCCAUCCAGAUUACGCCAACAAUAUGUUCCACCUCGCCGAGGUGUUUCAUCGGUUGGGGCGACGGGAGGAAGCACAGGCACUGCUGCAAGGCUCUGUGAAAAUUCUCGAGGGCAGUGCGGGUAGUCGAGGAACAACAGCAAUGGCUCGGCGUAUGAUGCUGCUGGCACAGAUGCUUGUGCAGUCAGCAUCAGCACCCGCAGUCACCCUCCCCGCCACUGCGGUUAUCAAUGGAGAGCGGCAGGGGCAGCAGGGGCAACAGCAGCAAGGGGACAGCGGCAGCAGUAGUGGUGGAGACGCGGAGUUGCUGAGGGAGGCUGAGAGGCUGCAAAGACGAGCCAUCCAUGCAGUGGAGAUGGGUGAGGGCACAGAGGCACCAGCACUGGCAGGCAUGCUCGCAUCUCUGGCCUCUACUCUUGAGAAGCAAGGCCGGUUGGAGGAGGCACGGGAAGCUCUGCUCAGGUCUCUCCAUUUGAGGAGGAAUGCACUUGGCUCGGACCAUUUCCUUGUAGCCAGCACGCUCACGCCUCUCGCUACAGUCGCACUCAAGAUGCUGAGCCGCCCACAGCAGCAACUGCCCACAGAUGCGUCCAAGGGAGAGCGAGUUGCAGAGGAUGGCGAGAAGAAGGAGCAACUUGAGGAAGCACUCCGUGACCUGCACUGUGCUGUCAGAGUCGCUCGCAAGGCGUGGCAGCAAGCAGCAGAGGAGCUGACAGCUGCAGCAGCAGCAGGCGAUUCGGGAGGCAGGAGGGGAGAUUGGGUGCAGAGGUGCAAGAGCAGGAAUACCCCACCCCCACCUGCAUGCCUCACGCUCCUUGUACAAUCUCUGGCAACAUCAGUACAGGCCUCCCUCACUGCCCUGCUAUCCACAUCCUUCCACACUGAGCCAGCACAAGCCCUUGUGAGUUCCAACCACAGCGUGCGGCUUGCCUGCUUGUCUGCCGUUCAGCGCCUCUCUGCAUUCCUCCGGGGCCAGCUCAUAGACACCAGUGCUUGGGUGGAGGCUCAUGGCGCUGAAGAGAAGGCAUGUGUGCAGAGUGGUGGAGAGAGGUUGAGAGAGAACAGGAAGGGGUCGACAGAGAUACCAGAGGGUGGCAGCGGAAGGAGUAGAGGUGGUGAAGGUGUUGAAAGGAGGGAAAGUAGAGAACGGGGUGAAGAAGGUAAUGUGGAGCUGAAGAGAUUGGCCGAGCAGGUGGACUUGCUUAUCGCAUCAUUGGCUAGAUGA